AUGGUCGAAUCCACCUUUGCUAGCGACGGCUUUGAUUUGGACGCCAUACCUGACUCAGGAGAUGGUGAAGUAGUGUAUGAGGUUGGAGGUAUGGCAUCCAUUGUAGAAUCCGAAAAACCAGAGUCCAAAGACGCGGAUCCCACUUCCACAGCACAACCAGAGGAACCCUCGCCAUUGGCAGAGUCAGAAAAGCUCAAGGCUCAGGGCAAUGAAGAAUUCAAAAACAAGAACUACUUGGAAGCGCUUGAUAUGUACACUUCGGCCAUUGAAGCGUGUCCCGGAAUGACAGGAAAGGGAAUUUUGGCCCAGCGAGACGAAUUCGACGAAAAGGAGCGAAAACGCCUUCAUGAAGUCCACCGUCUCCAGGCUCAAAAGAGAGCAGCUGAAUCAUCAGGAGAAGACGGAGACAAGAGCAAAACAGAAAAUGCGACAAUACCAGCUCGAGAUUUUGAGGCGCCUUCUCAUCCUCAUGGGAAGGAACUGGCAAUCUACCAUUCGAAUCGUGCUGCCUGCAGCUUGAGCUUGAAACGCUACGAGGAUGCCAUUCAAGAUUGCGAUGUGGCCAUUCUUUUGCGUCCGGAUUGGGCCAAAGCAUAUGUACGCCGAUCGACUGCAUUCGAGAAUUUAGAAGAGCAAACCGACAAGGCUUUGUCCGAUGCCAAGAAAGCUUUGGAGCUAGACCCAAAAAAUGCUGCAGCUCGGAAGAACGUACAAAGGCUGCAAAAGAUUGAAGACGAACGGUUGGAAAAGCUGAAAGAGGAGACGUUAGGAAAACUAAAGGAGUUGGGAAAUUCCAUAUUGGGAAACUUUGGACUUUCGAUGGACAACUUUCAGGCCAAUCAAGAUCCCAGUACAGGGUCCUAUAACAUUUCAUUCAACCAAGGAGCGCAAAAAUAG